AAGUACAGGUACUCCGCGCCAAAAUCUUUCGAAGGUCUUCAUAGUCCUGCCUAGCGGUUGCGGAAGUUUUUUAGGAGUAAGUGUUGUGUGCCGAAGAAGAGUCGUACAAAAAAAGAAAUGCAGCAACCACAACAGAAUCAACCAACAAACCAAGGAGAUGGUAUUCCCACUUUUAAAUGUGUAUUAGUGGGGGAUGGUGGAACAGGAAAGACAACAUUUGUGAAAAGGCAUCUUACUGGAGAAUUUGAAAAGAAGUAUGUGGCAACUCUUGGUGUGGAAGUUCACCCUUUAGUUUUUCACACCAACCGUGGGCCAAUCAGGUUUAAUGUGUGGGAUACAGCAGGUCAAGAAAAAUUUGGAGGUUUGCGUGAUGGAUACUAUAUUCAGGGUGAGCUGUUCUUCCAAAGAUUCAUAUUUAUUUGUAAAAAUGAUUUAUUAUAAACAGACAAUGGUGAU